AAAGACAUAGUACGGUCAUGGGCAGAUUCGUGGGUAAUUUUCGGCCCCAUUUCCGUAACCGGCUUCCGUCUCGGCACCAAAGAUCCCGUAGCGGAGCUAAGAUACUAGUGCGGAGACGGAAGCCGGUUACGGAAACAUCCUCGUAAAAAUAAAAGUUCUUUGGUAAAAAUCUUCUCAUUUUCAGCAACUAAGUUACAGAGAAAGGUUGAACAAGUUAGGGCUUUAUUCUUUGGAGCGCAGAAGGUUAAGGGGGCACUUGAUAGAGGUCUUUAAAAUGAUGAGAGGGAUAGACAGAGUUGACGUGGAAAAGCUUUUCCCACUGAGAGUAGGGAAGAUGCAAACAUGGGGACAUGACUUGAGAAUUAAAGGACAGAAGUUUAGGGGUAACAUGAGGGGGAACUUCUUUACUCAGAGAGUGGUAGCUGUGUGGAAUGAGCUUCCAGUGAAGGUGGUGGAGGCAGGUUCGUUUUUAUCAUUUAAAAAUAAAUUGGAUAGUUAAAUGGACGGGAAAGGUAUGGAGGGUUAUGGUCUGAGCGCAGGUAUAUGGGACUAGGGGAGAUUAUGUGUUCGGCACGGACUAGAAGGGUCGAGAUGGCCUGUUUCCGUGCUGUAAUUGUUAUAUGGUUAUUUUCAGAAUUUUUAUUUAUUGACACAAACUGUUCCCCCGCAACGUUGAUUACACUGCGGGUCGGGUCAGGUCGGGUCGGGUUACAGAAAUGGAUGAAAAAUAGGCCCACAUUCCGCUCCGUUGCGUACUACACGUCAGCCCAUUGCAUUUAGCAGGAGUGGUCUAUCUUGCUCCGCUAUAGGAUCUUUGGUCUGAAGAAGGGUCCCGACCCGAAACGUCACCUAUCCACGUUCUCCAGAGAUGAUUGAUGCCUGGCCCGCUGGGUUACUCCGGCACUUUGUGUCUUAUUUUCCUAUUACAGGUGCUCCUGUCAUCACCACUCACUCCGUGGAAAAUUCUUCCUGUUGUCAAGUACUUUGUGCUGUAUUACUUCGAGGGUCCAGAGGAGUGCUGGCAAUCUUUCCCCCAGCACAACACCUUCGGACUUUACCAAACCGUUUUCCUUUCACAGCAAGCAGCAGCGUUUCACUGCCAGAGGCUGGUGGGGAACCCAUUCAGUGGAACAAACCUCCAUACCGUGAUGUUGGAGCUGGACGCUGAUAUUGGGAAGAGUUUUCUGAAGGAAGAGAUUCUAAGUACCUACAGGUUAGUAGCGUUGAAGUGCCUGAUUAUCCAGCGUUACGAUAUUGUCCCAGCAUGCUGGCGAAUGCUGCACAGUUUGGCCGCUCAACUGGAAGGCCUCAACCGACUGAAUGAAAUGCUUCAGGAACUGCUAUCGGUUGAAAAGGUGAGCGUUGUCAAGUCAUCCAUGCCACCGCCGGGCAAAAUAUUAGAUGAGGCGCUGCUGAUGUACCAGCAAGUUCUGCAGGCCACACUCGACAGAGAGCGUUGCCCAGUGCCAGCUGGUUUUCUGGAGGUUGCCCUGAGCAAGAUCCAAGUGGCUGUUGGUGGAAGGGCCAACGUUGACCAGCUGCAGGAUGUCGCUGUGAUGUGCCGGGCUGUGGCCGAUGUGGUCAGCUGGGAGAUUCACGCCUUGUGCCCUGAGGUGGAGUCGCUGCUGCAGACCCUCGACAAGAGCGGCAGCGUGUUGCAAGCACCCACCACUGCACCGCAUGCACUGGGGCCCGACGCAGCGGCGGUGGUGAGCACUAGACACUGCACUGGCACAGAAUCUCCACCGCUGAUCUACAGUAGCAGGGAAGCUCUGGACAGCUGGUGAUGACGGAAUGAUGUGCGCUACAUAUCCCAAAGAGGAACAGCCGCUCUGAGCGUCCACAUUGCUGAUUUACUUCAAGCCACUCGAUGAACUGCAGCGAACGGUCAUGUCAUUGGUGAUAGGCACAGAAUUAGGCCAUUCGGCCCAUCAAGUCUACUCCCCCAUUCAAUCAUGGCUGAUCUGUCUCUCCCUCCUAACCCCAUUCUCCUGCCUUCUCCCCAUAGCCCCUGACGCCCGCACUAAUAAAGAACGGUGGUAGAAUUCAAAGUCGUAAUAAUGCAUAUUGUGACAGUGGCAUUUUAUUAUAUACUUUGCAGCAGUUUACUCUUCUCUGAGACACAAAAUCUGUCGAUCUGUAGCCAAAUAUAGAAACAUAGAAAAUAUGUGCAGGAGGAGGCCAUUCGGCCCUUCGAGCCAGCACCGCCAUUCAUUGUGAUCAUGGCCGAUCGUCCCCAAUCAAUAACCCGUGUCUGCCUUCUCCCCAUAUCCCUUUAUUUCGACCAGCCCCUAGAGCUCUAUCUAACUCUCUCUUAAACCCACCCAGUGAUUUGGCCUCCACUGCACUCUGUGGCAGGGAAUUCCACAAAUUCACAACUCUCUGGGUGAAAAAGCUUUUUCUCACCUCUGUCUUAAAUGACCUCCCCUUUAUUCUAAGACUGUGGCCCCUGGUUCUAGACUCGCCCAACAUUGGGAAUAUUUUUCCUGCAUCUAGCUUGUCCAGUCCUUUUAUAAUUGUAUAUGUUUCUAUAAGAUGCCCCCUCUUCCUUCUAAACUCCAGUGAAUACAAGCCUAGUCUUUUCAACAUAUAAAAUUUACAUUUGCAAUAAUGAAUGGGAUGUCCUUUACGUUUAUUAUUAUUAUGUUUAUUAUUGUCACGUGUACUAAGGUACAGUGAAAGCUUUGUUCUGCUAUGUAAUCAGAUCAGAUGUACCACACAUAGAUACAACCAGUGCCAAACUCCAGUACAGUAGGUAGAGCAAAGGGGAAGGUACAGAGUGCAGAAUAUAGUUCUCAGCAUUGUAGCGCAUCAGUUCCACAGACAAAGUCCAAUGUCCGCAAUGGGGUAGAGGUGAAUGGGACAGUACCCUAGCUUAUGGAAGGACCGUUCAGAAGCCUGAUAACAGAGGCGAAGAAGCUGUUCCUGAGUCUGGUGGUGCAUGUUUCAAGCUUCUGUACCUUCUGCCGGACGGGAAGCAAAUCCUCAUAAAUGCAUAUAUUCUUUGUGUUUCAUUCCCAGUUAAUAUCCCAAAGGUGUAUCCUCUCUAUAUAAGCAAUAAGAAAUAUAUCAAUGCUUUGAUUAGAAUGAACAAGGAGUGAUUAGUAAAUUUGCAGAUGACACUAAAUUAAAUGCUGUCAUUACAAAGCUAAAUAGCGAAGAUGGUUAUUAAAAAUGGCAGCACGCUCUUGAUCAGAUUAUUCAAGAGCUGUUAUCGGGCAACUGAAAGGUCCUCGAGUGGGCUGAGGAAUGGUUAAUGGACUUCAAUCCUGAUGACUGUGACGGGUUGAAUUUGAGAAGUCAAACCAGGGCAGGACCUUCACAGUGAAUGGCAGGGCUCUGUGGAGUGUUGCAGAGCAGAGGGAUCUAAGCUUCCGAGAAGUGUAGGAAAGAACUGGUUUAAAUCGAAGAUAGACACAAAAUGCUGGAGUAACUCAACGGGCCAGGCAGCACCUCUGGAGAGAACAUGGUUCCCUGAAAGUGGUGUCAUAGUA